AUGGUGUCACUAUUUGGCUGGGGCUCAAGUGCCCCCUCCCCAGAGUCUAAUCAGACACCACCGCAAGAAAAGCCAACCGAACAAUCUCAAAUUCCCGCUUCACCGCCGCCGCAAACACAAUUAGCGCAACCACCAAAACCGAAACCAAACACGAACCUCAAACUCCUCUUCGGAGGCAUGACCUUUUUCGCACUCUCGGUCCUCGUAACACGGCGUGCAUUCCGCAAGAAGAACCUCGCCGCCAUGCCACCAUACUACACAAGUUCGGUGUACCACCAACCGCACUCGAACUCCGCAGCGGAUGCAUUCGAAGCUUUGAAUCUGGCCACGCUGAAUGUUAUCUCUUUCGGUCUCAUGGCAGGUGGUGCGGUCGGGUAUGCGCUAGAUAUCAAUGAGUUGGAGGAUUUGCGGAAAUUCGUGCGUGCGGGAUUGCGGGGUGGGAGUGAUACACCUGUGAAGAGUGAUGAGGAGCUUGAGAUGGAGGUUACGGAGUGGGUUAGUAAGGUCUUUGGUGAUAAAUUUGAGAAGGAGUUGGAGAAGGAAAAGAUGAAGAGGGCUUUCCAGGAUGCUCGGGAGCAGGAUACGAAAUAG